UGGAUUAUUAUUUGGGCGAGAAGGCUGGUACAGAGCUAUCAAACCAAUAUGGCCGCCGAAGAAGACGGCGCGAAACAUGAGGAAGGUCAAGCAAAAGAGGCUUUACAGCGGCAGAAAUUAAACCACAAGCAGUUUCGUCGGCUUAUUUACAAAGAGAAACGUCGAGUGAAGAGGCAGCGAGAAGCAGAAAAACGAAAGGAACUCGAAGAACAAGAGAGAUGGAGAUUUGAGAAUGAUGCAUAUUACAGGGCAAGAGUGGAAGCCAGAGAAAAAGCUGCUGAAAGAAAACAAAAAGAAGAGGAAGAAGAAAGAAAAGUGCAGGAGCGUUUGUGGCUUGAGAGAGAGGAGAUAGCUCAACAAGAAUUUCAAAGGCGACUUGAGCGGGAAGAGAAACGGGAACAGGAGAGACUUGAACAAGAGAGCAGGAUCCGUGAGGAAUGGGAGGAACAAGAGAGAAAAGAGAAAGAAAGACAGGAGCGCAAACAGAAAUCCAUCAAGGAAAAAGAGAAUGCAGUCUUCAAGGAGCUUGACAAGGAACAAUCAACUAGCCAGGGCCAUUCUAAAGACGAGCCAUGGCACAAUCCCCUUGCUCCAAGCACCAGAUCUGCAAACUUUGGCACAGAGCAGGAUACUGUAAACUGUGCCUUCUACCUCAAGACUGGAUCAUGUAGAUUUGGAGAAAGAUGUUCACGACAACACCCUCGCCCACCUUCUAGCGUCACCCUUCUAAUUCCUGGCAUGUACCAGGACAUCCAGUUAUACCAGGGAAUGCUGGACGAAGCAGACCACGACACAGGGCUUGAGUACGAUGACCACGAGUCGUUCGAGCGCUAUGAAGAAUUCUUCAAUGACGUCUUGCCAGAGUUCGAGAAAGCGGGCAAAGUGGUACAAUUUAAGGCGUGCUGUAAUUACGAGCCCCACCUGAGAGGCAACGUCUACGUCCAGUUCAAAGAUGAGGAGAGUUGCGCCCGUGCGUUCGCUGCGUUUAAUGGCCGAUGGUACGCUCAGAAGCAGCUGUCAUGCGAGUUCUCGCCCGUCACGAGGUGGAAGUCUGCUAUUUGCGGGCUGUUUACUCGCAAACGCUGCCCACGUGGCAAGAAUUGUAACUUUCUACACGUGUACCGUAACCCUGGCGACGCCUUUCGUAACAUGGACCUCGGCAGAGAUGACUUGAGCCCAGGCCGCACGCCCUACUCGGAGCGCGGGUCCGAGCGAGGAAGCACUAGGGCAUGGAGGCGAGAAGGAAGCGUGCGUGAAGAUCGCGAUAGACGUGCACAUAGUCGUGACAGAGACCGGGGUAGAACGACUUCACGUGAUAGAGACUGGGAUGAGCAUCGUGAAAAAUACCGUGAUCGUAUUCGUGAACGAGAUAGAUUCGGUCGUGAUAGACGUGAACGCAGUGAGCGAGAUCUCGAACGACAAAGUCGUGACCGUGAUACGCGGCGUGGCCGUAAUUCAAAACAUGAUCGAGAUAGGCGUGACCGUGAUUCAACACAUGAUAGAGAUACGCGUGAUCGUGAUGAAGAUGCGCGUGACUGUGAUCGAGGUACGCCUGAUCGUGAUUCAAAAUGUGAUAGAGAUACGCGUGACCGAGACUCAAAACGUGAUAGAGAUACGCAUGACCGUGAUUCAACACGUGAUGAAGAUACGCAUGAGAUUGAUAUACCCGAUGGUCGAGAGCGUGACCAUGAAGACAAUCGCUCACGUGCUUCAUCACGAGCUUCGUCACGUGCAUCAUCACGUGAGCGUGACGCACGAAACCGCGGUCGGUACAAGAUUGAACGUGACGCAAGGAAACGCGCUUCAAGUGAUAGCGAAGACAGUACAAGUAAAGAAGACCGUCUUCUUGAUGAGGGCAAAAGUCGUGGUCGUAGCCACAAGUCUAAGAAGAGGCGCAGGCAAGACGGGGAGGAGACUGGGGAUGACGCUAAUGGCACCGCUGAUACACAUGACAGAACCUCUCCUGAAAGUGAAGGCGGGGAAAACAGGGAAACAGAGAGGACCAAUUCGCUUUCGCCACCUUCACAAUACAAACAUCGGCAUUCUCACAAACACAAGCGACGUCUCAAGAGUAAGAAACACAAACGCCACUCAAAGCACAAGCGAAAGAAGGACAAAAAGAGCAGUAGCUCUGAAGAUAGAGACUCGUCUCAUGAGAGUAGUGAUAAGAAAGAGGUAUAAGAAGAGAGAAAAAUAAAAGAAAAUUUUGGCUCAUGGCGCGCACCAUGUUUUCUCUGGCGUGCACAAUAUUUUUCUAUUUUUAUUCACACCUAGCGCGUCAGCUUUUGCAUUUUGUUUCAGCUGUCUGAGCUGUGCCCCAUAUAUUUCCGCUAAUACCGUCGUCAAAUCCCCUUUUGUAAAUGCUCUCGUAGGAGUUUCGGAUAAGUAUCGGAUAAGAGGCAGAUGAUGACGUAAAUAAAACAAACUUCUCAAAAA